AUCCUCCAGGACCUAUUCAAAACAAACUCAGUCUGUUUGAAGUCUGCGCUGCAUGGAUCACGAUAUUGUGUCUGAUCCAUUAUUAAAACUUUCCCACCGAUUUCUACUGACGACUAACCAUCUGCUGAACACGAGUCUAAAGAUCCAUAGGGAGUUUUAUUUUCAUGUUCUCGUGAUCUCUGAAACACAAUGGAGUACUUUGAGCAGAUGGAUGAAGGUCAGCUUGUUGAGUAUGCCAUUCAAAUGAGUCUUCAAGAUUCACGCAGCACUUUCGAAACAGCCAGUGAUGAAAAUCUGAAGAUUUUAUCAGCAAUAGAUGAAGGUGAUGUGUAUGAACUGAGAAAAAUGCUCAAAAACAGCGACGCCUUCAAGGAAAGAGACGGCAGAGAUUGGCUCCCUUUGCACAGAGCAUCUGUCCAGCCGGAUGCUGAGGUGCUGGAUUUCGUCCUCAUGGCAUCCUACGAGCUCACCAUGGAGGAGACGACGGGCAGCGGAGAGACCGCUCUGACUUUGGCUUGUCAAGCAGGACACGUGGAGAAUGUGAAGGUUUUACUCCAACACGGAGCGUCCCCGCACAACACCAACAGCAGGGACGAGACUCCACUUCUGCUGGCUGUGAGGAGAAGCUCUUACGAGAUGGUUCACGCACUGAUAAAGGGCGGAGCCUUGGUGGCGCAGGUGUGUUUGAAGAAAUGGACGGCCACCCAUGAGGCAGCCAAGGUGGGCUGUGCCGACAUUAUGAUGCUGCUGCUGAGGGACGGAGGAAAGAUCAUGGCUCCAGACGGGCACGGGGUCACACCGUUGGGCAUCGCCGCUGAGUACGGCCAACCUGAAGUACUAGACAUCCUUAUUCAAAAUGGGGGCGAUCCAACCGCACAAGCCACAAACGGAGACAGUGUUUUAUAUGAUGCUGCUGGCUCGGGGAACCUGGACUGUAUCCAUCUGCUCUUACAGCACGGUGCUUGCCCCAACGUAGCAAGUCUUUGCUAUCAAUUGCCUAUUCACCGUGCAGCCUACGAAGGGCACUACCUGGCCUUAAGGACUCUCAUUCCCAUCACCACCAAGAGGGCCAUCCGUCUUUCCGGAAUGAGUCCGGUCCAUUCUGCGGCAGACGGUGGACAUGUCGACUGUCUAAAGCUGCUGAUUGAGAGUGGCUUUGACAUCAACUCUAUCCUAAGCCCCCACAUCUCAGAGAACUACGGCGACAUGAGGAAGACGCCGCUGUACUUUGCCGUCUGCAAUGGUGAUGUCACCUGCAGCGAGAUGCUUCUGAACUCAGGUGCCAAGACUGAGCUGGACCCGCUGUGCUGCCUCCUAGUGGCUGUCCGAGCUGGAAAAUACGAGCUGGUGCGGCUGCUUCUGGCACACGGGGCAGAUGUCAACUGCAUCUUUAAUGUCGUAAGCGACACAAUGUUUCCCACGGCAUUACAGUACUGCCUCAAGGAUGAAAUGAUGCUGCGGAUGCUCCUUAACAACGGUUACCAUGCAGAAAGCUGUUUUGAAUGUUCCCACGACAACCCUGUGAGGAGAUACACGUGGGUGGAGGUUCACAGCCAGUCGUACAAAAUCAGGAGCAUUUCCAACAAAGUCACAUUUUGCGAGUUCAUAAACGUGGCGUGGAUGGCACACUUGACAGGGAGGGUUGUCCAAACUCUUCUGGAUUACGUGAAUCGCGUGCACGUCUGCAGCAACCUGCAGCGGAACAUAGAGAAACAGGAGGAGUGGAGUGACAUCUGUGACAUUCUCAGAAACCCACGUCGGCUGAAGCAUCUGGCCAGGUUGGUCAUCAGGAGACAGAUGAUGCUGAGAAGGCUGAAUGAUCCAGAGUUCAUGAGCACGGUUCCUUUUCCACCAGCACUGAAAAACUUCCUGCUUUACAAAGAAUAUGACAUUUACGGACAAAUGAUAGAAAACUAAAAUUUAG